UUUAAACACCACCUUGAAUUACGAAUCAGUACAUGUUCUCUUCUUUUAACAAUUAAAACCUCCACUUGCUCCACCUUCUUCCCCUAUAAACCCUACACAUACAGGAUAAGAUCCGUCAAACCCUAACAAAAUUCACCGAUGAAGAUUCAGUGUAACGUCUGCGAAUCGGCCGAGGCGGUGGUGCUAUGCUGCGCCGAUGAGGCGGCGUUGUGCUGGUCCUGCGAUGAGAAGGUUCACGCCGCUAACAAGCUCGCGAGUAAGCAUCAGAGAGUUCGUCUUUCUACUUCGACUUCUCAGAUGCCUAAGUGCGAUAUUUGUCAGGAGGCCGCUGGCUACUUCUUUUGUCUCGAAGACAGGGCAUUACUAUGCAGAAAAUGUGAUGUUGCCAUACACACAGCCAACUCUUUAGUUUCAUCCCACCAGAGGUUUUUGCUUACAGGAGUGAAAGUAGGCCUAGAAGCUGCUGACCUCGGUGCAUCAUCUUCUACAGGAAACUCGAAUUCGGGUGAAAAGAUUCUAGAACCAGAAAAACCACAUUCUAUACCAGCAAAUCCGGUCAACAAAUUCAUGCCCGUUGAAGCUGGUGAUUUUAUACCUUCUAAGAUGCCUUAUACUGGAGGUUCAUCUGCUGACAGUAUUCAAUGGCAGUUUGAUGAUUUUCUUGCAUUGACAGAUUAUAAUCAGAGUUAUAAUUACUUAGACAAUGACUCAUCCAAGGCUGAUAGUGGGAAGCUAGGCGAGUCAGACGGGUCACCAAUCCUACGAGCCAUGGAGCUUCAGCUGGACGAUGAAGAUUGCUUGGGUCAGGUCCCAGAUGCAUCUUGGGCGGUCCCACAGAUGUCUUCGCCGCCCACUGCUUCAGGACUCAGCUGGCCAAAAGACCGUCCACGACAUCAGCACCAACAAGGUUUUGACACUUAUGUCCCGGAUGUAUGUUACUUGCCAAUGCCAAAUUUCUAUGGUUCUCGACAAAAUGCGGGUUCUGCAAAAAGGAGAAGAAAUUCCUAAGGCGUGUUAUCGUGAGGAUCUGAUGGUCGGUUAGUGUUGUAACCUUAGGUGCAUCUUGAUUCUGGUGUUGCUAGGGGUAUGUGUAGUGGUGUGUUGUGAGCUGAACUUGUUACUUUUCUGUUGUGUAGUUUUAAGGCUGUUGUGUAACAGAUUAAUGAAUGUAAAGGAUGAAUAAAGUACCAAGAGAAAGGGCAAAUGGUAAGAACAGCAAAUUCUUUAUACUAAUGUCAGAUUCUAGUUAUGUUC